AAAAAAAAAAAAAACUAUGUCCACUCUCUCCUACUCCUCUUAUCUUUGUCUUCUUCUUUAUUAAUCAGGAAAAAAGUUUUAAUUUAUUGUUAAAAAUAUAUAAUUGGCUUUUUGGGAAGGGGAAAUGGAGUUUGAGGAUAAAGAAGAGGAGAUGGAUUUGGCCCCGAGUUACGACUCGCUGGGUAACUCAUCCAGAGUCAGAAUGUCAGGUGUUGAACCGGGUUCAAUAACUCCAACAGGUCAACAGCAGCACCCGCAGAGGAAGCCUAGGUAUAGGGAGUGCUUGAAAAAUCAUGCCGUGGGGAUUGGCGGUCAGGCUGUCGAUGGUUGCGGUGAGUUCAUGCCGGCUGGAACUGAAGGUACCAUCGAUGCUCUCAAAUGCGCGGCUUGUAACUGUCAUCGUAACUUCCACCGUAAGGAGUCGGAGCUUCCCACCACGGACCUCUACUUCCCCCACCACCACCACCACCAGCCACCGCAAUUCACGCCUUACUUUAGAGCACCAACAGGAUACGUCCACGUAGCUGGACAUCAAUGGCCAUUAGCUUUACCGUCAAUCUCAGGAGAACACAGCAAGGAAGAUCAAGAGGAUGUUUCCAACCAAGGGAUCUCAAGGAAGAGAUUCAGAACAAAGUUUACGCAGGAACAAAAGGAUAAGAUGUUGGCCUUGGCUGAGAGGUUAGGGUGGCGUCUUCAAAAACACGAUGAAGAGAUUGUUCAACAGUUCUGCAACGAAACUGGGGUGAAAAGGCACGUUUUGAAAGUUUGGAUGCAUAAUAACAAGCACACUCUUGAUAAUGGCGCAUUGAGGCAAAGUGGAGACAUGCAAUGCAAUGCAAGUGGCCUGAAAAUGGAAGAGCUCUAAACACUGGUUUUUUCAACUAAGAAACUUUUAAGUUACUUCAGAUGACAGGCAAUGGAACUAAGGAUGAAGCAUGAUUUCCAUUUGGAGACUGGGGUUUCUAUAUAUAUAUAUAUAUACACACAAAAGAUUGUUUGAUUUCCUUUACGUGCGUCUCUCUGCAUUUUAUUUUGAGUUAAUGUUCUUUUCUAUCAGUCUUUUUCUACUUAAAAUCCUCAGCCACCAUUGAUUUAUGCGCUUGAGAAAAGUGUGAGAAAGGAAGGAGAGAUCAAUGGGGGCGGUGGAGCUUAGAGUUUGAGCUAUUAUGGAUGGCGUCAUGGCAUUUAAUGAAUGUAGCUUUUUUUUC